AUGGAUGAUCCCCCCAUACCAAGCUUUAUUAUCAUCCCACCUCAGGCAGAGGCCCAGCCUAUCCUAAGCCGACGACGUACCUAUCAUGUUAGAACAGAAACGUCGAAAAAGAGCGACAGUCCAGGGGCAGCGAAGAACCGCCGCAGGAUCGACGGUGCUGUGGGAUUGCGCUCACGAGAACCUGUGCGAAGGUGGGAUAGUUUGGAUUCUUCAUCGUCGACGUACCACCCCAAGGAACAAGAAAUUGGUAGGAGGAUCCCCCCGACCAAACCCCGGCGGAAGAAGUCUUCUGAGUUUUCUGAGUUUUCAGCGCAGGGAGUCCGCCGUGCCAGCACACAGGCUCCAACUCGACCCACGCGGCUGUGA